AGUGACAAGUUUUGUGGACAUAGUUAAUCUGACUGUCUGUAUGAGCCCACGUAAAGGAAUAUUUACUAAAUCUGUUCGCCGCAUUGCCUGCAACUCACCGAGAGACGGCAGCUUUCUACCUUGAAGAAAGAGGAGGAGACAAAGUAUGAUCCGAGGAUGAUUUCUGCCAAGAAAACUCCGGAGAAGAGUCGUUAUCCUAUCCACUAUUUGGUGUGGCACAACAAACACCGACAGCUGGAGAAAGAGCUUGCAACGAACGAGCAGACUGAUUUAGAGUCUCUGGACCCUCGUGGUCGGACUCCUCUCCAUCUGGCUGUCACACUGGGCUACCUGGAGUGCACCAGGGUCCUGCUGCAGCAUGGAGCUGACGUUAGCAAGGAGAACCGUAAUGGAUGGACAGUUCUUCAGGAGGCGGUGAGUACCAGAGAUCCGGAGCUGGUGCGCCUCGUACUUCGUUACCGUGACUACCAGAGGACUGCCAAGAGACUGGCGGGCAUCCCCGUCCUGCUGGAGCGACUGCGUCAAGCCCAGGACUUCUAUGUGGAGAUGAAAUGGGAGUUCACCAGCUGGGUGCCCCUUGUGUCUCGUAUCUGCCCCAGCGACACCUACAGAGUUUGGAAGAGUGGUCAGUGUCUCCGUGUUGAUACCACCCUGAUGGGCUUUGAACAGAUGACCUGGCAGAGAGGAAACCGGAGCUUCAUUUUCAGGGGACAAGACUCCAGCGCAGAAGUGAUGGAGGUUGACCAUGACAGGCAGCUGGUGUUCUGCGAGACCCUGUGCGUCUCGUCUCUCACAGCGCUUUCACCUGGCCGGGGGAAUGGGGGUGCCUGUAGCAGCAACGCCACCGGUUUGGGUCUUCUGGGGGCGAUGCAGCCCAGCGACGAGCAGGUAGCAGCCAGGCUGUCUGCCCCUGUGGUGACCACUCAGCUGGACACCCGCAACAUCGCCUUCGAGAGGAACAGGACGGGUAUCCUGGGCUGGAGAAGUGAGAAGACUGAAACAGUGAACGGAUAUGAAGCCAAGGUGUAUGCAGCAUCCAAUGUGGAGCUGAUCACCAGGACCAGAACUGACCAUCUGUCAGACCAGAACAAGAACAAGACAAAAGGUGGGAAGACUCCAUUGCAGAACUUCCUCGGUAUUGCGGAGCAACACAUGGGGCCUAACAAUGCACAGGCCCUGGUGACCCAGAUGUCGAGUCCUGCGGUGACCAACCCCGCAGCACUGACGGCCGAGGAAUACUUCAACCCCAGCUUGUCCCCGACUCAGAGGGACAUCGGCCACCCGUGCCAGCUCACCACCAAGACCCAGAGGUUUAAAGCUAAGUUGUGGUUGUGUGAGUCCCAUCCUCUGUCGCUGGCAGAACAAGUGGUGCCUAUCAUCGAUCUCAUGGCGAUCUCGAACGCCCUGUUCGCCAAGCUGCGCGACUUCAUCACUCUGCGCUUGCCGCCUGGCUUCCCUGUUAAGAUUGAGAUCCCUCUCUACCACAUCCUAAAUGCUAGGAUCACCUUCAGCAACCUGAACGGCUGUGAGGAGGGGACGGGCGUCCGUGCUGACAGUGACGUCGGGGUGGAGGGGGACGGACAGAGAGACACGCCCAGAACAGACACCCCAUCUCCCGGCAGUGACUCCUCCAGUGUCUCCAGCUCCAGCUCCACCAUGUCGUGUCGAGCCGGAGAGAUUCCCCCAUGUGUGUUUGAGCCCCCGACUGGAUACACCAUGCUAGGUGGCAAACAGAGAGACAGCAUGAGGGAGGAGGAGGAGGACCUGCUGCAGUUUGCCAUACAGCAGAGUCUGCUGGAGGCAGGCUCCGAAUACGAUCAGGUGACCAUCUGGGAGGCACUGACCAACAGCAAGCCAGGAACGCACCCCCUGUCCUGUGACCCAAGUCGUCUGGAGAGGACCCCCCAGCACAAGCCCCACCCCCCCUCCAGCCUCUGCUCCACCCCCUCCAAGAAGCAGCCAACCCCCUGCAGUUACGACGAGCAGCUGCGCAUCGCCAUGGAGAUCUCGGCCCGAGAGCAGGAAGAGGCGGAGCUGCGGCGGCGGCAAGAGGAAGAGGAGCUACAGCGCAUCAUCCGGCUGUCACUCAUGGAGAAAUGAGAGAUGAGUGGCCCAG